AUGAAAUCCCUGGAAUAUCCUAUGGUGUUAACUACACUGGAUGCUGCGACAUGGGUGUCAAUUAUGAGUCCUGUUCUCCAAGUCUGCCUGCCGAAGGCCGGCAUAUGUAGGAGCUUUCCUCGUGACAUGGUUCUUGCUCCUCUCAAAUUCCAGGGUCUGGGCAUCCCUCAUCCGUUUGGUACUCAGGUGUCUAAACAUAUUGAGGUCCUGCUUCGCCACUUGUCCAACCGAACAAAAACUGGGGCGUAUCUGGAGGCUGCGGUUCAAGAACACCAACUUGAGACCGGCACCUCCUUUGGACUCUUCCAGCAGGACUAUAGCAACACGGCAAUUUGGCGUCAGAUACUUGGCUCAAAAGAGUCUGGAAAGAGUUGGAGGACUUGGAUAUACGUUGCCCUUGACUCUCCUGUCCUUCCUCUCCGGUGCGAAGGCGAUGCCUUGCUCAUUGAGGUAUUCAUGGAGUUGGAAGUGGAUCAGGACGCUCUAAAGUGGCUCAACUGGUGCCGUAUGUUCCUCCAAGUUUGCACCGUCUCCGACAUCGUGACGGCCGAUGGCCGCAGCAUACGAGAGUCCAUGUGGCAUGGGGAACGUGACUACGCUCAUCGGUCGUCAUAUCAAUGGCCUCGCACUGUCCGGCCCAACAGGAACCACUGGAAGGUGUGGCAGGAACACCUUACUCGAGCACUACUUGUCUCUGACGGACCCCAGCGCCUACUGCGUCAUCCUCUGGGCCCAUGGAUCGAUCCUCUCGACAACUGGAACUGGUUAUGGUCUUCUACCCACGGAUUGUUCCACCGCCAGGGCCACGGGUGGCAACACUACCGUCACCGUCGCUCCUCCACACGGAGCAUCCAAUGGGACUAUCCUCGUUCUACGCAAUUGUCCGGGUGCAAACGACCACAUAACGAGCAUACCGCCAACGGCGCCAGCUUCUUGCCAGCCCCCUUUUGGACCCAACCACUCCCAGCUGACUUGUGCCGAGCUACCGUCCACAUUACGCCUUCGCUAGGCACUCUAGCCCUCACCGGCAUUGGGACAGCACCGCCGCAGCCGCAUCACGACUCUCAACCGUCUUUGCUGGCCGCCUGGAUGGCCGCCUCAGCCAGGGUGACCGAGUAUGUUGGCUGGACCCCUGAAGAAAUUGAGAUCGAUGGCGACGAAAGCCUCCUUGCUGAAGCCCUCCUCGACGACCGGCUGUGUGUGAUCAGCGACGGUUCUUAUAAGCUCGGUCUGGGCACGGUUGCGGUUCAACUGCUUCCACGUAAGGAGGGCAAGGAACGUAUUAUCGUCCGGUGCCAGACUCCAGGUCUAACUGAUGACCAGAGCGCGUACCGGAGUGAACUGAUUGGCCUACUGGCCGGUAUCAUGGUUGUUGAUUGGCUCCUCGACCAGUGGGCCCCAACACUUCGAUCACCACCCCGCGUUAGGAUUGCGUGCGAUGGAU